AUGGAGUUUCUGGACCCCGGGGAAGGGGGGCGUUUCCUGAGAUCCAUUUCGCGCAUGCGCAGUUUCUCCAUCGUCUUCUUUCGUUUGGGAGCUGGACACGAGGGUUGCUUCAGAACCCGGCUUGGAGAGCUGAACAAGCACCGGGCUCCGAGGAUGCAGGUAUCUCAGAAGACCCUCCUGGGAGCCUCACAAACCUUGACAGAGCUGUUGAACCGAGAUGCUGUGCAGGUGGAGCUCAUCCCUGAGAAGAAGGGUCUGUUCCUCAAGCACGUGGAGUACCAGAUUACUAGUCGGCGCUUCAGAGCGUCUGUCUGCAGGAGAUACAGCGACUUUGAUGUAUUCCACGAACUUCUGCUGCAGAGGUUCCCGUACAGAAUGGUGCCAGCGCUCCCGCCUAAACAGAUGCUUAAAGGAGUCCUGGCGGCCGUGUCGGAGCGGGAGUUCAUAGAAGGGAGGAGACGUGCCCUGCGCAGGUUCAUCAACCUGGUUGCGCAGCACCCCGUCCUCUCCGAAGACGAGCUGCUGAAGACCUUUCUGACCUUCGGCGGCUCGGAUGUUCAGCACAAACUGCGAGAGGCCUUCAGGAGAUCAGGAGAUGAAUUUACGACAUGUAAAAUUGCCGGACAAGCUAAGGAGUACCUCCCCCCGGACGCACAGGGCCAGUUUGCCUCCAGCAGGGAGCUCAUCCACAAUAUCCUCAACUUAUUUCAUGGUCUGCGGGACAGGGCUGAGAGAAUGGCGGCGCGCUCCAAGGGGAACGCCACGGACCUGCUCAUGUUUGGAAGGGAGCUAAGCACAGUGGGCUCUGAUGCAUGGCCGGUGCCCCCUUUGGCUUUGGCAUCAAGCAACUGGGGGACUUUGCGACACUCUCUGAAGGGUCUGUCGGUGGAGUUUGCCUUGCUGGCGGACAGAGCUGCUCAGCAGGGAAGAAGAGAGGAAGAUGAUGUUGUGGAAAAACUGGAUUUUUUUCUGGAUUUGCUCCGAUCAUACAAAGACCUGUCCGAGCGGCCGUGGCACCAGCAGAUAUUGCAGAAGCACACCAACGCGAGGAAACAGACAGUCAAUAACAUGAUUCAGCCCAGGGACCCGGUGUCUGUGGAACAGCUGAAGUCACGCAUUGCUCAGCAGGAGGACGCCAUACUAACUGCGGAGCUGCGGUGCCAUUUCUCCCUACUGUGCCUUCACCAGGAGACACAGCUCGUCUUCAAGUACCUUCAGAUGACUGCCCACAUCCUGGGAGCUCUCAUAAACUCUCAGAUCCAAGGGCACAGAGAGAUGAGUGAGGUCUGGAACGAUCUGCACCCAAAGCUCAGCUGUCUGUUCGGGAGCUCGAACGGCACCUCUUCCACUCGCACGCCAGCAGGGGAGCAUCCGACCCCCGUGACGCUGGUUCCCAAUUAG